AUGAGAUACUGCAAUGCCGGCAGGGCCAGGCGCGGGAUCGCUUGGAUUUCCAGGUAUUUUGGCGAGCCAAGCGAUGGCGCUGGCCCGGCGGCAGAGUUUGUUGCGGCAUUGAGGGCUUGCGGCGUCUUGAAAGAUCUGGAACUCGGCAAGAUCAUCGCGGGCAAGGUCGGCAAGAUAGACAAGUAUGCCCAGACAGCGAUCAUCGAUAUGUAUUCCAGGUGUGGAGAGAUUGGAGAAGCUCGGAAGUCCUUUGACAGUCACAUCCAGUGCCGCGAUGCUGCUCCCUGGAACGCGAUGAUCCUGGGAUACGUGAGGAACGAUCGGAGCUCUCUGGCGCUGGAACUGUUUGCCAGGAUGAGAGGAUCGGCUUGCGAACCAGAUGGUCGAUCGUUUUUGGCUGGAUUGGCGGCUUGUUCUAGCCUGGCAACGAAAGAACAGGGAGAGCUCAUCGAUGGAAAGCUCGUCAAGCUGGAGAGUUUGGCAAGAGGGAUGGCUCUCUACUCUGACGCUGCGAAGAAGGGUUGUCACACAGAGAUCUUCGUCGCGAACUCCAUGCUGGAUUUGUGUGGGAAAUGCGGGUGCUUGGUGGACGCUCGCAAGAUUUUCGACAGCAUGGAGUGCCAUGACGUGGUUUCGUGGACGUCUCUGCUCUUGGUCUACGUGGAGAACUGUGAAGAAGAAAUCGCGCUCGAGUUGAUCGAACUUAUGGAAGGCAGUGGAUGUUCGCCAAACUCUCGGACGUUAGUAGCCGGAUUGAUGGCUUGCUCGAGCUUGGCAGUGAAAGAUCCGGGCAGGAAAGAAGGUGGCAGGCUUCUCAAAGUGAGGUGUUUGGAGAAAGGCAGGGAUUUGCACCGUCGAGCAGUGGAAAGUGGCUGCGGGGGUGAUGUUUUCGUGGCCAGCGCUCUCAUCGACAUGUACUCGAGGUGUGGAAGCUUGGAGGACGCCGAGAACGCCUUCGCAGCUAUCACACCUUCUCGCGACCCGGUUCCGUGGAACGCACUGAUCCACGGGUGUGUUCUCAACGGCAAGAGCGAGCUGGCUCUGGAGAAGUUCCAGCGGAUGAAAGCCACUGGCUGCGCUCCAAACGAUCGAACUUACGUUGCCGUGCUCACGGCUUGCUCGAGCUUGGCCGCUGCUUCCAAGGACGAAGAAGAAGAUGGCCGAGCUUUCUCCAAGGCGAGAUGCUUGGAGAAAGGACUGGCAAUCCAUGCCGAAGCUGCGAAGUCCCAGCUCGAUUCAGACGCCUACGUCGCGAGCGCUCUGGUGGAGAUGUACGCCAGGAGUGGAAGCAUGGAGGACGCUCUUGCGGUUUUCCGGAAGAUGGUGCCAUGCCCGACGGUGGCAGCUUGGAACUCGAUGAUCCUGGGAUAUGUAGCAAGCGGGGAGAGCGAUGUAGCUCUCAAGUUCUUCGCCAGCAUGGACGAGCGGCCGGAUUCACAGAGCUUCGUAGCAGCGAUGAUGGCAGUGUCGAGCUUAGCCGCGAGAGAAGAAGGGGACGAUCAUCGGAGAAGGAAGAGUUUCUGGCUCAAGGGAGGGAUUGAUCUUCACGAUCGAGCAGCCGAGCAGGGGUAUGAUUCCGACGUCUAUAUUGCAUGCACGCUGGUGGAUAUGUACUCCAAGUGUGGCAGCAUGGAUCGAGCUCGCAGAGUUUUUGACGAGAAGUGUGGAGCUGGGAAUCCAAAUCUCGAUCUAGCGAGCGUGAGCGUGGUGGCCUUGAACGCGCUGCUGCUGGGCUAUGCCGAGAAUGAAGAACCCGAGCUGGCUCUGGAGAUCUUUGAGCACUACGAAGAAACGUCCCAAGUUAACGAGAGAACAUUUGUAGCGGCGAUGGUGGCGUGCUCGAGCAUGGUGGAAUCGAUAGAAGGGGUUCCCGACCGGCGAAAGCUUCUCGAGAGAGGGAGGAGGAUCCACUCAAGAGCCAGGAGGAAGUUCUUCGAUGACAACGUCUUCGUCGCCAACUCGCUGGUGGAUUUCUACGCGAAGUGUGGCAGCAUGGCCGAUGCGCGAGCGGUGUUUGAUGGGAGAGCUCGAAGAAGAAGAAUCUCCUCGCCGGUUCCAUGGAACUCGAUGAUCCUGGGAUACGCGGCCAGCGGCGAGAAUGAGCUAGCUCUCGAGCUCUUUGCGUCCAUGAGAGCUGAAAGAGUAGCGAUGGAUGCUAGGACUUACGUCGCGGCUCUCUCGGCGUGCUCGAAUAUGGCGGCUCCCCAAUCUGGAAUAGCGAUCCACGCGGAGAUCUGCCGGCAGGGACUCGAGAGCCGGGAGUUUGUGGCGAGCUCGCUCGUGGAUUUCUACGCCAAGUGUGGGAAGAUGGGCGCUGCUUGCCAGGUCUUUGAUUCGAUCGCCACGAAGAGCACGGUGUUGUGGAACGCGGUGCUUGCUGGCUAUGGCUGCCAAGGAGAUUCUUCCCGGGCACUGGAAACUUUCCAGAGAAUGGUCGAUGAAGGCAUCGAGCUGGGGAGUGUGACGCUUCUCUCGAUCCUCACUGCGUGUAGCCGUGCUGGCCUGGUAGAAACUGGCAAGAAAAUCUUCGCGCGCAUGGAAUUCCAGCCUCGAAUCGAGCACUACCAGUGCAUGAUCGAUCUUCUCGGGCGCGCGAAUCGCUUGGAGGAGGCUCUAGCAAUGAUCCGGAGCAUGCCCUACGACGCUACAGUGGUGUCGUGGACGACGCUGCUUGGAGCCUGCGAGAAAUGGAAGAAUGUGGAGAUUGGAGAGCUCGCAUUUCGAUCGCUAGUGAGCUUGGAUGAGAAUCACGGCGCAGCGUACACAUUGAUGGCGAAGAUUUUGGCUGGAUCGGCAGGAAUUCCUCCUCCUCGCGGGAAAUCGCAAGAACUAGUAAGAAAUAUUUCCACCAGGUAUAAACCCUAA